AUGGCGACCCUAGCCGAGAUCCUCAGGAGCGAGUUCCCGCAGCUGGACGCCGAGCUCUUCCAAUACGUUACCGGUGAGACAGGGCUGUGAAGGCGCUGGGACCCGGGGCUGUAAUAUCGGGGGGGCAGGAGCCGCCGCCAUGUGUCCUGGCUGGGUAACUGGGGUGAUAAUCAGGUGGCAUGAUGGACUGUGGGAGUCACUGAUAGCAUGGGGUUCAUGGACACGCCGCGCAGCCCGUGCCUGCAGGAGAUGUCGGGCAGCUGUCCGUGACUUGUCAGGAGGAGGAGGAGGGCCCAGGACCUGUACUCAUAAAUGGUCCACCCUGAGUGUCCUGACACAUCAUCACUCCCUCAUUGUGUGUACCGGGCAUGAAACGUGCGCCCAGGCACCGUGUAGCAUUCAGUGUCCUUUACUGAAUAGAUACAUUGCUCGCCCUCUCUCUGGGAUUAAUUCAUUUCCUCCCUAGUCACAUCAAUGCCAUGGACUGCAGGGCAGCAAUUUCCUGAAUUGCCCAACAUCUCAGCCAUUUUGCUUUUUCUAGAAAACAUGAUCGACCUAGCUAUAAAAACUGUACAUGCUGUAUACCUUAGGUAUUUUUAUUAUAUUUUAAUCUACCAAUCUACUUCCCUAAUACUUCCCUUACCCUUUGUGUCACUUUACUCCACUCCCUCUAGCAUGUAAGCUCAUUGAGCAGGGCCCUCAACCCCUCUGUUCCUGUGUGUCAAACUUGGCUGGUUACAGUUACAUAUUUGUUAGUCCACCCAUUGUAAAGCGCUACGGAAUUUGUUGGCGCUAUAUAAAUAUAAUAAUAAUCAUACACCAAUCCACUAGAACUGGACUAGUGAAAUAUAUAACCAUUAAAACCCUUGAUGAGUCUUGAUGAGUGAAGGAGACUAAAAAGUAUUCGUUUGUCUCUACUGAUGUUCAAUUGAUGAAGAGCCAAACAUGAUCAUUGAAUCACUUUUCCAAGUUCAUUGUAAUUUGUUUUAUAUGUUGUUCUGUCAUAUGUAGUAGCAAUAAUUUGCAUUUAUCAGCUAAUCUUAUUUUCUUACUAGUAUAAAGUUCUGGUGGAUUGAUAGGAUUUAUAGACUUUGAGUCCGAUUUACACUAAGGACAAAAUGUAACAAAGGUUUGAUGUAUAUUUUUGUAUUUUUCUAUAAAACAUAUUCAAUGUUGCAACAUGUCCACAGAGCCCUAUUAUAACCCCCACACUCUUUUACCAAUCAGAUGUUCUUGACAGUGGGCAAGCUGACUUUGAAUCUGCGCAUGACUUGUUUGAAGCAGUCGGAGCUCUUCUGCAGGAUGUUUCUGGAGAUACCAAGGACGAUGAGGACAUCAGAAACAUCUGUCAGAGGAUGUAUAGAACAAUGCGCUUGUAAGUGUUAAUGUUCAGACUGUGAGGAGCAGAAUGUAAUGUACUGGGAGGGGAUGGAAAGGGAUAGACAUACAAGUAGAAUGUGAGAGGUAUGACAGCUGAGAAGUUAUUUAACGGUUGCAAGAGAUGAGAAGUAAGCACUUAAUAAAAAAGGACUAGCGCAAUGAUUUCCAGAAAUUGUUUUACAGAAGGUUCGAUAUGAGCGUUUACAAUUUAGAGUACGCUUUAGAUUGCUGAGAUUAAUAUGACAUGCGUGUUAUUAGAAGAAACAUAUGCAAAUGUAACAUGAUAGCUAAUUGACAUAUUUUAAUCAAAGUUUGUCAGUAAUAAUUGAUUUAUAUCCAGUUUCUGAAAAAAAACUGUGUAAUUUAUGUAAUCCAAAAUAAACCUCUUAACUGUAAUUCUUCUUGUGCUUUUGUCAGGGAAAAUAAUCAUGUCCCCAAACAGAAUCAAGUACUGCUCCAGGCCCCUAUCCAGCUGAACCAGAUCACUGACCAAUAUGGUAAGAUUAUACAAACCCAUCCUUCCAAAUACUGUUCUCUACAGUAUCUUUAAUAGACCCCUAAACAUGUAUUUAACCCUGCCUCUUCCUGUUGCACCUUUCAUCUUAUUGGUUAGCUACUGUCUUGCGUUUUUAUGAUGGCUGCACAUGGAUAUUUGCUUUGUGAUUUAUUCUUAUCCUGUUUCCCCCAGACUCUGUUUGGGUCAACACUCUUGAUUUUUGUUUACUUAUUUUACUAUCUAUUCAUUUUAGAUGUUGAUCCUCAAAUCCUUAAUGUGUUGUUGAUGAAGAAAGGGCAAUCCUCGGUGAGAUAA